CGGGACAGAGCCCCGGCCGCAGCUCAGCACCGUGGCGGUGACAGCUCUGACAGCGACUGGACCAAGUCUCGACUUCACCACCUCGUGUGUUAAGAAUGGCUGAUGUGGAGCUGGUAAGGAAGAUGCUGCGGGCCAUCCUGCAUGCCAAUAAAGGUGGAGUGUCACUGUCACGUCUGCAGUCAGAGUACAAGGAGCUGACUGGGGAGCAGAUACCAUAUAAACAGAUGGGACACAAUCACCUGGAUGCACUGCUAGCCAGCAUGCCCUCAGUGGUCCGCAUGGAGCGCAGUCGCUCUGGAGAGGGGGUCUAUUUUGCCUCUGGGGCCAACGAGACAACACAUAUAGCCAAGGUGGUGGCCCGUCAGCGAAGCUCUAAGAAGACAGGCCGACCCCACCUGGUCAACACUCAGAUGCGAGUCAAACCAGCUGCCCCACUCGUCUUAAAUGCCAAACCUCAAACCUCUCUGAGGCAGCCAAAGCACAGAGGACGAGGCGGAAGUAGAGGAGGAGGUGCUGGCCGUGGCGGUGGACAUGGAGAUUUCAGACAGGCGAGAGACUUAAGGGAUGGACAGUCAGACGGCAAGACUGGGGGGCAUCCGAACAAGCUGUCCAAUCACAGCACACCCACCAGGAAAGGGAACCAACCUGCAGACAAACCAGACAAAAGGAUGACCCUUCCAUCCCGAUUUCAAAAGGAGGUGCAUGCUCACCUUUCCAGAAACUCCCAACAGACUGGUCCAUCAAUGAAUCUAAAUGAGAGCUAUGGUUCAGGUAAAGGAAAACCUUACAACCCUCAGCAGGUGCAGGGUCGCAUCAGGGAGAUCUUGGGGAAGUACAGCAAUGGCUUUUGGGUGUCUAAACUGCCUCAGAUCUACAGAGACCUGUAUAAACAGGAUUUGCCCACUGAGGCCAUCAAAGACCUGGAGACCUGGACUCACAUCUGCACUGUAGAGAAAACCUGCAGCAGCAACCCAUCUGAGCUGCUUCUCUACCCCGCCAAGGAGCAACGCACCACACCUUCCCCUUCACCCAUCCCAAACUCCACCACCGCCCAGACCUCAAACACCUCCAAAGACAAACCUUUACAAUCCCCUGCGCAACAAAGACCCCCUAGCGCUAACUCUGGAUCUCAAUCUCCUCAGUCUCCACCAUCAUCCUCCCCAUCACCCAGCCCUCCAUCCUCCCCUGCAACCCUUAGUCCUGACCUGAGGCAGAAACUUGAGGAGCUGCUGAUGAAAUACUCCAAUGGUCUGUGGGCCCACGCACUGCCCAAACUCUUCCAGGAAACCUACAAAACUAAACUGCCCGGACAUGUCCUGGGGAACCUUGACCUCCUCUCUGACAUCUGCACCAUUGACUACCCGAUGCCUGACAACCCAAAGAGGGCCAUCCUGUACAGACGAAGCAGCAUUGAAAGUAGAGAGGAUGAGAACUGUAACAAGAGAAACUCCCUGACCAGUGAAGAGGACCUGAGGGUGAGGAAGGAGCUGGGGAGGAGGCUCAGUAACCAGGCCGUACCUCCUCUGCAGAUCCCCAAAGAGGAGUACCCAUCUGUGCUGGUAGUGGAGGCCACCAACACCAAUGGAGUUAUACUCAGGUACAUUGGUGAGGAUUACUCUCAGGCGCAGGAGUCUAUGGAGGAUGAAAUGAGGGAGUUUUAUGGCUUGAACCAAAGCAGCCCAGCCCCUCUGUCGUCUCCUUCUUCAGGCCAGCUUGUUGCUGUCAGGGCUGAGGAGGAGGAGGAGAUUCUGAGAGCACAAAUCUGCGAAGUCAUGACUGAUAAAAUCAAGGUAUACUAUGUGGAUCAUGGCUUCACAGAGGUGGUCAGUAAAACCAAAGUGUUUGAGCUGCAUGAGAAGUUUUUCAAGCUACCUUUUCAGGCGACCAAGUGUAAACUAGCAGGCUUGGAGCCAUUCUGCCAGGAGCCCACAGUGCUGAAGAAGUUUGAGACGAUGGCAAGUGGAAAGAUCCUACUUGCUGAGAUCUUACAAAGAGCCGAGACCCCUCUCGUCGUCCUGUAUGAUACAUCUCAGGAUGACGAUGUGAAUAUCAAUGCUGCCUGCAUGAAAGCCUUGCAGGACAAGACAUUAGCCAGUACAUUACAGGUAAACAGUGCUUAUAUGAACGUGACUGUCAGCAGUGUUUGCUCAGAUGGAACUAUCUACUGUCAGCUCCCCUCCAGAGGACUCGUUAAGAUGUCUGAAAUACUGAAGAAUAUAGAGACAUACUUCUACUCACAGGUAACAUCAGAGUUCCUGGUAUCCACACCCUUUUGUGGGAAGGGAUGUUUGGCUCGUUAUAAAGGCAAAUGGUCCCGUGUAGAGAUCACCAACCUGCACGGCAGCAGAGUGUUGGACAUCCUGUUCAUCGAUGUGGGUGUCCAGGCAUCUGUAGAGGUGUUUGAGCUGAGAGAGAUCCCCUUGCCGUUCCUCCGUGACCUCGUUGCUAUCCCACCGCAGGCUGUGAAGUGCUGUCUAGCAGACCUCGCUGUCAGUGUUGGAUCUUGGACUCCUGAUGCUGUUCAGUGGCUUCGAGAGAAAGUGCUCAACACCACCGAUUGUAGCAUGAAGGUUGCCAAGGUAGAUGAAGUGAAGCACUGCACUUACAUCCAUUUGUUCACUGAUAAGAACUUCCAUGACCCAGUCCAUAGCCUAAACCACCAGAUGGCCCAGUCUGACCUGUUAAAACAGCAGCCAGACGUCUUCCUGACGAGCCACAGCCCAACCAAGAUUUCAACAAAUGCCUCGCCCUCUAAGACCUCCAGCACCAGUGAAUCCACUAAUGGAAGUCCAACAUCAGCUUCUGUUCCAGCCAAACCUCAUCCAAAGAGGCCUCUGUCAGGUCCCAAAGGAGGAGGGGGAGGCAGUGCAACCACCAGCCCACCAGAAUCACCACCAUCCCCGUCAUCCUCUCUCCAGUUGCCACCACUACUUGAGCUGCCCCCAUUAGGAAACAACAUCGAUGUCUAUGUAUCGGUGGCGUGCCACCCAGGUCACUUUGUUCUACAGCCCUGGAAAGAUAUGUAUAAACUGGUGGUGUUGAUGGGAGAGAUGAUACUUUACUACAAUAAAACUGAGGAGAAACCACUAAACAUAGAGAAGAAUCAGAUAUAUGCUGCUAAAGUGGAGAACAACUGGCAUCGUGUGUUAGUAAAAGGAGUUCUGACCAACGGGUUGGUGUCGGUGUAUGAGCUGGACUACGGUAAACAUGAACUGGUCAGCUGCAGCCAGCUCAGACCUCUGAUCAAGGAGUUCAGACAGCUGCCUUUCCAAGGAAUCACUGCUCAGCUGGCUGGAGUGAAGCCGAGGCAGUGGUCAGAAGAGGCCUCCAUUGUUUUUAGAAACCAUGUGGAGAAAAAACCUCUUGUUGCCCAGUUGGAGACUGUGCAGGAAGCCGCUAACCCAUGGGACAGGAAGUUGACGGUCUUCCUGGUUGACACUUCACAGGAAGAAAGGGACAUCUGGGUGCAUGACAUCAUGGCAGAGUUUGCAGAUGAACAAAGCAACGAGCUGUAGACAGUAGAGGGUCGUUCAGAAGGGUUACUAGCUAAGCAGCUGUCCCAAUGAUCACUGAAGACAGUAAGUUGUGGAUAGAGAAAACAGAAGAAGCUUAUCUUAUCUUUAUCUAUCUUCUUGACUUGAAGAACAAACACGAGGGUAAACAAAAUGAAAGUGAAAAGAGGGGAAAUUAAGAGGGUGAUAGCAUGUAGAAUUGGCACAAUAGAUAAGAGCUGAAGGCACAGAAGCCAUUGUUGUGUUAUGGGUUGUACAUGGCAGGAUGUUGUGAUGUUAUUAGAGUUAAUGCAGUGAUCAUUAGACAAAAUACCCAUUCAUAACGUUGUGUUAAGCUCUUACUUGCUACAAAAUACACAUAACAGUAAAAAGAACUGUUGAAGAUGAGCAUGAUAGCCUCACAACGCUAUGGAAAUGAUGCAACAUGCUUACUUAAACCAUUUGAUGCUGACUUUAAUUCAAAGCAGCUUCCUAAAGUACUGCUUGUGCAUCCUUUUCAAUCUGCACCAAUAUGGGAGAGUCUGAGUACCCUUAGCCCUGCAAAUGUGAGCAACAUGCAUUCUCAGAUACUAGCAAGACUUACAUUAUAUCCAUUUGUUUACAAAGUCUGCUUUUGGAUGGAAUUUUUCAUUGUGAUAAAGUUUACAAAAGUUAGAGCAAACAUUCCCCCAAAGAAGAGGGAAAUUUCAUAACGCUUUGAGUCAGGGAGAAGAGCCAGAAGACGCUGAUGUUAAUAGAUUAUUCUGGGAACUAUCCAAACAUCAAUUGCUUCAAGCAGUGCAUCUGAGCUCUACAUGCACAGUAAAUGGUUUGAGAUUUUCCAUUUCAUCAAGAAAUUGAGUUGAGGGCUAAAAAUGCAUCAUAGUUAGAAUGUGACCAGAUAAGAACAAGAUAAUGUGAUUUUUUUUUUUUUUUUUUUACACGUGUUUUUGAGGAACAAUAAUCUCAAACCGGUGAAAUUGCAUGUGUUAUACCCCAGCCAUGUGGGUGCACCAUGCAUCUUUUCUCCUCAUGUGAAAAGUUUUACUUCUGAGGAAAUUUAAUUCUGUUUCUUGCCUGACAAAGAGACAACUGUAAGUUCAGCAGAUUACUUAUGCUGCAUGUUGCACAUCUUUCUAAAAAGACAAUUUGAUGUUAUAGUAAUAACACAGAUUCAGUUACCAGUUGUGUUAAGCUUAUAGAUGAGCUCUGCUUAAAUCUGGUGUCAGCGCCACCAUCAAAUGUUGGCCUGAUUUGGGGAUUUUUUUCUGAAAUAUGACUUUCCCUGACAUGCUGGGAUUUUCUUUUUUUUUUUCUUUUUGGAUGUGAAAACGCAUCUCCAAUCCUGAAGAGUGUAUACCUGACAAAGCUCAGCGAUGCAUUGUUAACAGCUGAUAUUUUAUUUAUAUUUUUAUUCUCUAGAUGCUGAAAAACAAUAUAAUUUCCAUAUUGUUUAACAAUCUGCGCAAAAUAAAAAUAGAUGAUUUUCAAAUAAAAUCCGUUUAAGUGGUUGA